GGAAUGAGAUUGUAGAGGUGAGCAGAGACCACAGAAUAGAAGGAAAGAGAAAGAAAGAAGAGAAGAAAUAUACAAAAGCAACACAAGGUGACAAAACAGAAAUAUACAGUACCCAUGAAAGACAGGAAAGAGAAACAAAGACAGGAAAUAACCCAAGAAGAAACUGAAGAAAGAAAAAGCAGCUGAAGGAGAAAAAGGAACAAUAUAAACUAAAGGACAUUGACUACAUUUUCCUUUCUUUUUUCUUUCUCUUCUGUUUUUGGGAGCAACAUGGGACAGCAUUUCACCAAUGAGGAAGGGGAACAAACAGACAUUGAUGUUGCCGAGUUGCAGGAAUGGUAUAAGAAGUUUGUAGUGGAAUGUCCCAGCGGGACUCUCUUCAUGCAUGAAUUCAAACGCUUCUUUGGAGUCCAGGAUAACCAGGAAGCAGCAGAGUAUAUUGAGACUAUGUUCAAAGCUUUUGAUAAGAAUGGGGAUAACACCAUUGAUUUUCUGGAGUAUGUGGCUGCUCUGAAUCUUGUCCUACGAGGAAAAUUGGAACACAAGCUGAGAUGGACAUUCAAAGUGUAUGACAAGGAUGGGAACGGCUGCAUAGACAAACCUGAGCUCUUAGAAAUAGUUGAUUCUAUUUACAGGCUGAAGAAAGUGUGUCGGUCGGAAAUGGAAGAGAGGACUCCACUGCUCUCUCCCGAGGAAGUCGUGGACAGGAUAUUUCAGUUAGUGGAUGAGAAUGGGGACGGGCAAUUGUCCCUUGAUGAGUUCAUUGAUGGUGCACGAAAAGACAAGUGGGUGAUGAAGAUGUUACAAAUGGACGUAAACCCUGGAGGGUGGAUCGUGGAACAGAGAAGGAAAAGUGCUUUGUUUUAAUUGACUUCACUGUGAUCAUGAUAUGAAUGAAAAUGUGUGAUGCCGGGUGCACCGGUGGCUAUUUCAUUUUGAGGGUGAAAUCACCAGAUGGCAAUCGCCUGUCACUCUUAAUACAAUCUCAGCAUCCAAAUGAAAACUUCAGAUGGCUUGAGAAACCAUCUUUCCAUAUGUCACACCUGUUUGCUGAAUAUAGCUUGGAGACCAUUGCUGGCAAGCCACUGUAGGGAAUAGGCCUCUUUGUGUACAACCCUGCUUGUCAGGUUCCUGGUUGCACCCAAAGGAACUAAGGUCUGAUAGUGUCCUGCCACAGCUGGUAUUCUGAGCAGUGUUUGUUAUUGAGACUGCCCCAGAGGAUUGGGAAAGCAGUGUUCCUGAUGCAGUGGAAUUGCUUUCAUUGUAGAUCAGUGUGUCUGUCAAUAUCAUCAAUGCCUGCAGAGAGAUGAAAAUAUUGGAAAACAACUCCAAAAAUAAGUGCUUUGAUAACAGACUAUGAGCACUCAAGAAGUCUGUUAUGAUGCCUAAUGCGUGUGUGAAUGAAGGGUGGAUGUAUUUCAUAGACUACAAUAAGCUCUUUGGGACAGGGACUGUCUUUUUGUUCUGUGUCUGUACAGCACCUACCACCAGGAGGUCCUAGUCUGUGGCUGGAGUGCCUAGGCUCUCCGGUAAUACAAACUACUACUCAUUGUAAUAAGUGCAUUGCUGCUAAACUAAAAUCAUUAGACAUCAAUGUAUCAGCAUCACAAAUGCAAAUUACAUUCCAGCCCAUGAGACAAUGUUAUGUUCUGAAUUUCUGUACUGGUAGCCAAAACUGUAUGUAUACAGAGCACAGGAAAAUAUACCCUAGAGAACAAUAGUAUACUGGCUGGGCAGAUGGAGUCCAGGCCUUUUCCGUCUCUCGUUUCUAUCUGCCAAAUCCUACUCCCUGCAUCGAGCCAGAGGGUCUUGGUUGUGGUAGGUUCUGUGUGAAAAUAAAAUCUCCAGAUCAUGGAGUAGCAGUGGAAAGUGCAGUACUCCUUUACUGCAGGCUUUAGAUGCUGGGCUGACAUAAUUAGAGGUCCACUUCUUUUUGAGCCUCUGUUUUCUUAUCGAGUCACUGCAGUCAGGCAGAUUUUUCCACAUUGUGGAUCUAUUCUGAACUCAUUCACCUUGCAGACCUUUCGCUGCCAUUGAGCAGGGCCGGCUCCAGGCACCAGCUGAGUAAGCUGGUGCUUGGGGCGGCAGAUUGUUUGAGGCGGCAUUCUG